ACAAAAAAAUCAAUUUUCUCCCCUAAAUUGCCGCCUCCGUCUCAGGCCCAGUGGCCUUCCACCGCAAGAACCAGCCGGAGAACCACCACCUCCGUCCAUGUCCCUCCACCGCCUCAAGGGAACCCUCCACGCCUGCUCCUCCUCCUCCUCCCAACCACAAACCCAGCCCCGCUCGCCUCCUCCUCCUCUCCUUCGGUGGAGCCCCCCGAAGACGUCCCUCUCGCAGCAGCUCCUCCGCUUCGAGGGCGCCUCCUCCUCCUCCUCCUUCUCCUCCCUCCCCGCCCAGCCGCCGCCCGCUUCCAAACCCUCGACACAGAAGCCGCGGGAGGACACGGCUGGAGAGCCGCCGUCGGAGGACGACGACGAGGGCACUCGUCCCCUCUGCCGCCGCCGCCCGCCCCCGCCACCAGCGGCCGCCCUCGAGUCCCGCGGGCCAUACGAACCACUUGUGCUCUCGCCGUCCGGAGAGCACCCCGUUGUCCAGGUUCCCCCAUCUAUAAAUUGCAGGCUACUUGCGCAUCAGAGGGAUGGUGUGAGAUUCUUAUACAAUUUGUACAGAAACAACCAUGGUGGUGUGCUUGGAGAUGACAUGGGUUUGGGAAAGACGAUUCAAACUAUUGCAUUUUUGUCUUCUGUCAUCGGUAAAAGCAAUGGCUGUGGCGAGCAUUCAACUGACAAAAGAAAGAAGAGUGGUUCUGUACUCAUCCUCUGCCCCACUUCAGUGAUUCGGAACUGGGAAAAUGAAUUUUCUGAGUGGGCGGAAUUCUCUGUUUCUGUCUAUCAUGGUCCAGAUCGUGAUUUGGCCCUUGAAAAAAUCGAAGCUCAAGGACUGGAGGUACUCAUUACCAGUUUUGACACUUUUAGAAUUCAUGACAAGAUUUUAUGUGGCAUCUCAUGGGAACUUGUCGUUGUUGAUGAGGCACACCGUCUCAAGAAUGAAAAAUCGAAGUUAUACACAGCAUGCUUAGGAAUUACAACUCAAAAGCGGUUUGGUCUCACAGGAACUAUAAUGCAGAAUAAGAUCAUGGAGUUAUUUAAUCUGUUUGACUGGUUUGUGCCUGGUUGCUUGGGGGAUCGAGAACACUUUCGAGCAUAUUAUGACGAGCCUCUAAAACAUGGGCAGAGGCUAAGUGCUCCUGAGAGAUUUGUUCAAGUUGCUGAUACGCGCAAAAAGCACCUUGUUUCAGUUCUCAGGAAUUUUUUGUUGAGAAGGACAAAGGAGGAGACAAUUGGACAUCUUAUGCUUGGGAAAGAGGAUAAUAUUGUUUUCUGCAGAAUGAGUGAUGUUCAAAAGCGUGUUUAUAGAAGAAUGCUGCAACAACCUGACAUACAGAUACUUAUAAAUAAGGAUCUCCCUUGUAGCUGCGGAAGUCCUUUGACUCAGGUUGAAUGUUGCAAGAGAACUGAACCACAUGGUGUUAUCUGGUCUUAUCUCCACAGAGAGAACCCAGAAGGCUGUUCUCUAUGCCCAUUCUGCCUUGUUCUUCCUUGCCUGGUCAAGCUUCAACAGAUUAGUAACCAUCUGGAGCUGAUAAAGCCAAAUCAAAAGGAUGAGAUUGAAAAGAAGAAGAAAGAUGCUGAGCUUGCAGCUGCUGUCUUUGGUACAGAUAUUGACUUAGUUGGUGGUAGCUCUAAAAGUGAAAACUUCAUGGGUCUCAGUGAUGCAGAACACUGUGGAAAGAUGCGUGCAUUGGAAAGGCUUCUGUCACUGUGGACUCAGCAGGGUGACAAGAUUCUUCUUUUCAGUUAUUCUGUCAGGAUGAUUGACAUACUAGAGAAGUUUCUCAUAAGGAAGGGUUAUUGUUUUUCACGCUUUGAUGGAGCAACUCCCAUGAACGCACGCCAAUUGCUAGUUGAUGAGUUCAACAGAAGCCCUAGCAAACAGGUUUUUCUUAUAUCUACUCGGGCAGGUAAUUUAGGUGUAAACCUUGUCAGUGCUAACCGUGUGGUGAUAUUCGAUCCAAGUUGGAACCCUGCCCAAGACUUGCAAGCACAAGACAGAUCAUUUCGAUAUGGACAGAGACAGCAUGUUACAGUAUUUCGUCUACUUGGUGCUGGUUCCCUUGAAGAGCUUGUUUACUCUCGACAAAUAUAUAAACAACAGCUUUCCAACAUUGCAGUCUCAGGAAAAAUAGAGAAACGUUACUUUGAAGGUGUGCAGGAUGACAAGAAAUUUCAAGGUGAGCUCUUUGGGAUCUGCAAUCUGUUCCGUGACUUGUCUGAUAAGCUUUUUACUAGUGAGAUUAUUGAGAUGCAUGGAGAACAUGGUAAGAGUAAUACAGCUGAGGCAACAGGAAUUAGAGAAAUAGUCGAUAAUGAUCUAUUUGAUUCACAAGGGAAUAGAAAGUCUUCCACGGCAACGACAGAUACCGACGAUCAGAAAUUGGUUGAUUUUGGGAUCGUUUAUGCUCACCGCAAUGAGGAUGUUGUGAACAUGAGAACAAACGGAAGAAACAACUGUGCAAUAGAUGAGACUGUUCAGAGCUUCUCAGAGGAGCUGCAGAGUAAGCAUGAAACAAAGCGCAUUGUUACGGCAAAAGCUUAUUCAGUGAAGCAGAAAAGGAAGGAGUUCAGCCGUAUUGCAUCUUUCAUGGGUAUGAGUGAUCUCGAAUUUAGCAAGUGGUUGCUAUCAGCAUCACCUCUCCAGCGGUCUGAGGUACUGCAGAACUACAAGAGGAAAAAGAAGAUGAAGUAUCAUCACAAUCACAAAUGAUGCAGGCCCUCCGAUCUACUGCAGAGCUUCCACAUAGUAGUUAGGUUGCGUAGCAAGUUGUGCCGGUUAUGAGAAGUGAUGCAAGUGAAAUUGACACAUUAGUGGCUGAUAUUAGCAUCCCCGCUUGAGCUUGACUAGUUUUGGCCUGGGGGUCUCAGGAAAACCAGGGUCCUUUUCACCUGCUCUUGUCGGUCAGGUGAAAUCUAACCAGUCUUGUCAUAGUACUGCCUGUUCAGCUGUCUGAGCCUUUCUAUAGCGAAUGUUAUCGUGCAGGUGGCUUGCAAUAUUACCCUGACCUGUAUGGCUGUAUUAGUCUGGAAUCAUGUGGAUAGUGUAGUCUUCAAGUUUUAUUGAGCAUGCUUGUAGGCAUUUAUAGUUAUGUACAGCUAGGGACAUAUUUGCUUGUAACGAAGUGUGGAAAGCGUGUCUAAUUGUUUUCGUUGUUUUUUUC